AUGGUUGCCACCGCACUCGAUGCCACGCCUUCCAACCCGGCUCUCGAGCUCUUCCAGCUCAAGGGCGAGACCGCCCUCGUGACGGGUGGCUCCAGGGGCAUCGGCGCCGCCAUCGCCAUCGCCCUUGCACAGGCGGGUGCAGCCGUGAUCAUCGCUCAGCGGGACGUCAACAACACUGCCACGCGCGACGCAAUCCGUGCCGCCGGUGGCAGUGCCGAAGUUGUGGCCGCCGACCUGGGCGACGUGAGCGACGCCAAAGAGGUCUUUGGUCGUGCGUUGGAUGUGGCCGACGUGUCGAUCCUCGUCAACUGCGGUGGCAUUCUGAGGCGCAACGACAGUGUGGACAUUGAGGUGGACGAGUGGAACAGUGUUCUCGAUGUCAACCUCAACUCGCUCUUUUUCCUCUCGCAGGCGGCAGGCAAGCACUUUAUCCCCAAGGGACGCGGAACCAUCAUCAACGUGGCCUCUCUCAACUCGUUUGUCGGCGGCUCGCGUGUCGCCUCGUACGCGGCAGCCAAGGCGGCAGUCACGAGCCUGACCAAGGCGCUGAGCAACGAGUGGAGCAAGCAUAACAUCCGCGUCAACGCUAUUGCCCCCGGAUCCAUCGCCACAGACAUCAACACGGACCUGCGCGGCAAUCCCGAGUUGUACGCCAACCGCCUCAGUGGCAUUCCCGGGGGCCGCUGGGGCGAGCCGCGCGACUUUGCUGGGCCUGCCGUCUUCCUUGCCUCCCGCGCGAGCCAGUACAUCACUGGAGAGACUCUUAUUGUCGACGGCGGAGCGAUGGGCAAGGGACCAAUCUAA